AUGGCUGUCGACGUCUUCUCCGUGCCGGUAUUUCUCGUGGUCUUCAGAGAGUCUCUGGAGACCGUCAUAAUCGUCUCGGUCCUGCUUGCUUUCCUCAAGCAGACACUCGACGGGCCAAACAGAGAUUUGGUCGUGUACAAAUCCCUGCGUAAACAGGUCUGGCUCGGUACGGGCAUCGGCUUCCUGAUAUGCCUGGUCGCCGCGGGCGCCGUCAUCGGCGUCUUCUACAAGCUCGGCCGAAACAGCUGGGAUUCCAACGAGCUGUACUAUGAAGGCGCCUUCUCCCUCGUUGCCGCCAUCAUUAUCACAGUCAUGGGCGCCGCCCUGCUCCGCAUCGGCAAGAUGCAGGAGAAGUGGCGUGUCAAGCUCGCAAAGGCCAUGGAGACCCCAAUCAAGACCGGCGCCAACCGGGGAUGGUUGAAGCACUUCGCCGAGAAGUAUGCUAUGUUCAUCCUCCCUUUCAUUACCGUUCUCCGAGAAGGUAUCGAGGCCAUUGUUUUUGUCGCCGGCGUUUCCUUUUCCGCCCCUGCGACUGCCGUGCCGCUCCCGGCCGUCGUCGGGUUGAUCGUCGGCGCUCUGGUCGGUUAUGUCUUGUACAAGGGUGGGUCUACGGCCAAGCUGCAAGUCUUCCUUGUCGUCUCAACGUGCCUACUGUACCUUGUUGCAGCCGGCCUCUUCUCUAGAGCAGUCUGGGAUUUCGAACAACAAGAGUGGAACAACGUCGUCGGUGGUGACGCUGCAGAGCUUGGCAAUGGGCCGGGCUCAUAUGAUAUUGGCAAGAGCGUCUGGCACGUCAACUGUUGCAGCCCCGAGUUGAACGGCGGCGGCGGUUGGGGCAUCUUCAACGCCAUUCUCGGUUGGACAAACUCCGCGACGUACGGCUCCGUCAUCGCCUAUAACGUCUACUGGAUCUUCGUCAUCGCGUGCUUCUUCGUUAUGAGAUUCCGCGAGACCAAAGGACACUGGCCGUUGACAAAACCGAAACCCUCUCAACAUGGUGACAGGCACGUUUCGGAUGACCCGAGCGGGAGCGAGGAACAGUCCGGAACGUCCGAAAAGGACAAGGGUGCAGCUACUACCAAGACUGUCACUGCUUCGUCUUAA